CCGCUCUCCCCGCCGGGCUCUCUAUGGUGCCUGGAGCUCUACAGCCAUGGCUCUGGCGGCAGCGCUGAGGGGCCUCCGGGCAGCCUCGGCCGGCGGGGUGACCAGCCGGGUCCCGUUGUGCCGCGGGGCGGCGGGGCGGGCGGCGGCGGCAGCUCACCCGGCCCUUUCUGUCUUGCAGCGGCGCCUGCGGGGAAUCUGCAGCUCGGCGGCGCUUCUGCAGCGGGCGGCGCAGGCGGAGGGCGCCUUCCCGGUGACGCUGCUGCCGGGGGACGGCGUGGGGCCGGAGCUGAUGCACUCCGUCAAGGAGGUCUUCAAGGUGGCGGGCGUGCCGGUGCAGUUCGACGAGCACCACCUGAGCGAGGUGCAGAACCUGGCCUCGGAGGAGAUCCUGGACCAGGUGCUGGAGUCCAUGCAGAAGAGCAAGGUGGCCCUGAUCGGGAAGAUCCACACCCCCAUGGAGUUCAAAGGGGAGCUGGCCUCCUACGACAUGAGGCUGAGGCGGAAGCUUGACCUCUUUGCCAACGUGGUCCACGUGAGCAGCCUGCCCGGCUAUAAGACCCGGCACAACAACCUGGACCUGGUGAUCAUCCGGGAGCAGACGGAGGGCGAGUACAGCUCUCUGGAGCACGAGAGUGCCAAGGGGGUCAUUGAAUGCAUGAAGAUCAUCACGCGGGCCAAAUCUCAGCGCAUUGCCAAAUUCGCCUUUGAUUUUGCCACCAAGAAGGGGAGGAACAAGGUCACCGCGGUGCACAAGGCCAACAUCAUGAAGCUGGGGGAUGGGCUCUUCCUUCGCUGCUGCGAGGAGGUGGCUGAGCUGUACCCCAAGAUCACCUUCGACACCAUGAUCAUAGACAACUGCUGCAUGCAGCUGGUGCAGAACCCUUACCAGUUUGACGUCUUGGUCAUGCCCAACUUGUACGGCAACAUCAUUGACAACCUGGCAGCCGGCCUGGUGGGAGGGGCCGGAGUGGUCCCGGGGGAGAGCUACAGCGCCGACUUUGCCGUGUUUGAGAUGGGGGCCCGUCACCCUUUUGCCCAGGCGGUCGGGAGGAACAUCGCCAACCCCACGGCCAUGCUGCUCUCCUCGGCCAACAUGCUGCGCCAUCUCAACCUGGAGCACCACUCGGCCAUGAUUUCAGACGCGGUGAGGAAGGUGAUCAAAGUGGGCAAGGUGCGGACCCAGGACAUGGGGGGUUACUCCACCACCUCGGACUUCACCAAGUCUGUCAUUGACCACCUCCACCCCCCCUAUGGCGUCUAGGCUCAGGCUGCCCCUGGCCCACACCUGCCCCCUCCCGCAGCCUAUCCCCCCCCCCAAUCCAUUGGGGAAGAAAGCCCCCUCCUGCCUGGAGGUCCUCCUGAGGUCUAAAAGGGGGCUGGGGGGGGGUUGCCCAGGGCCUUCGGGAAGAGUUUGUUCUGUGACCGCUGCUGGGGGGGGGUCAUGCCUGAGGCCUUCUGCUGUGCCGGACUUUGGAGCCUGCCAGGGCUCGGGGUGGGGGUGCUGGGGGAGCCCCCUGUGGGGGUGCUGUGUAACCUGGGACUGCGCUCUCCAUCCUGUCUGUGAAUAAAAGGGAUUUUCUUA